UAUCUAAGUUUGUUUCGGCCAUUUAUGAUGACACACGUACAUGACCGAAACAAAGAAGCAAACUACUACAAUUUUGUUGAAAUCAGUGGAAAAGUGUAUGCUCACCUUAAAUUUGAUCUCUAUAAAUACCCACCUAUAUACAUAACUAAUUCAGUAAACACUAGCUCAUAAAGCAUAAGAAAGAACAGAGAGAAACAAAAAAUGGAGUUUUUGGGAUCACAAAUGGUAUUAUGUUGUGUCUUUUGGUUGUUCCUAACAGGAAGCUUGGCACAAGAUGUUGGUACAAUUGUGACAAGUGACUUGUUCAACGAGAUGCUCAAGAAUCGAAACGAUGAUAGAUGCCCUGCCAAGGGCUUCUACACUUAUGAUGCAUUCAUAGGUGCAGCCAAUUCGUUUUCAGGUUUUGGUACUACUGGUGAUGAUACUGCCCGUAAGAAGGAAAUUGCUGCCUUUUUCGGUCAAACUUCUCACGAAACUACUGGUGGUAGCCUAAGUGCAGAUGGUCCAUUUGCCGGAGGAUAUUGCUUUCUUAGGGAAGGCAACCAAGUGGGAAGUGGAUUUUAUGGCAGAGGACCUAUCCAAUUGACAGGGCAAUCUAACUAUGACUUAGCUGGGCAAGCAAUUGGACAAGACCUAGUUAACAACCCUGACUUAGUAGCCACAGAUGCAACUGUAUCUUUUAAAACAGCAAUAUGGUUCUGGAUGACGGCACAAGGCAAUAAGCCAUCAUGCCACGACGUUAUCACAGGGCAAUGGACGCCAUCAGCAGCCGAUACAUCAGCAAAUCGACAACCAGGCUACGGUGUCAUUACAAACAUAAUUAACGGUGGAAUUGAAUGUGGCAAAGGACAGAAUCCACAAGUGGAAGAUCGGAUUGGAUUUUAUAGAAGGUAUUGUACCAUAUUGAAUGUUGCUCCUGGGGACAACCUUGAUUGCUACACCCAGAGGAACUUUGCUGAGGCCUAGGCUUAUGUUUUAGUCAUGGUGAUGACAGUAUAUAAAGUUAUGUCUGAAUAAAAGGGAUUCUGGAUGCCCAUUUAGAAUGGAAUAAGGAGAUAUGUAGUUUCUUAUUUUGUCUUCAGAAAUAAGAGUUUCUUGUUUAUAUA